CCGGGGAGGCCCCUCCCUGCCCCGGUGACAUCAGCCGGAGCUCGGCUGCUCUCCUCCAGGAGCCCCCGGUGGUGGAGCACACACACAUACACACACACACACACACACACACACACACUCACACACACACACACACUCAGACCCAGAACAGCCAACGAGAGAGCUCGACGAGAGCUGCGACCGCUCGGCUGUUCUCGCUCUUGUUUUUUCUUCAUGGGAACUAAAGACGAGAAGUCCUCUCAGGCAGAGAGCCUGGGCAGCUGCUAACGUCCAUCAUUGCCUGAAAAAAAGCGCAGCAGAGUCAUUGAAGUCACAGGGUUGGUCACGGUGAAGGGCCCCAUCAUGGCCGCCCAUCGGAUCAGAGCCACCAGCAGCAACAACACUUCUCUCCCUCGCUGCAAAUCGGAGGGGACGCUCAUCGACCUCAGUGAGGGCGUGUCAGAGGCCAGUCUGACUGAUGUCAAAGUGCCUUCUCCCAGUGCCUUACGAUUGGAUACAACAGCUUCCUUCGGUGCUGCAAGAGAAGUUGUUGCUAUAAAGGACUACUGCCCAUCCAGCUUCACCACUCUCAAGUUCUCUAAAGGCGACCGACUCUACGUCCUUGACUCAUCGGGGGGAGAGUGGUGGUAUGCCCACAACAACACAGAGAUGGGCUAUAUCCCUGCAGCUUAUGUGGAACCCAUCAACUUCAGAGACUCGUCCUUUAGUGACAGCGGGAUGAUUGAUACGGUGGGAGACUCUAACGAGGAGGGAGCCAAAGAAAUGGACCUGUUAGGAGACUGGACAGGAGUGAUUCUAAAACCAACCACUUUUCAAAAUGGAAAUCCUUUUGCAACAACCCCUACCUCGACAAACCCUUUUCUAAACGGGGGUCCUAAGAGUUCAUUUGAUCAGACAAUGAAAGAGAAAUCAGUUGACCUUCUUCUGUUUGAUACACUCACUUCUUCUGGCCCCCCUUCUGCAAGAACCUCUGGAGAGAAUGGUUUUAGCAGCAGCGUGUUCAACUCGAACCCUCUCAGUCCCACUGUGGGAGUGGGUCAAACAUUUCAAAGAGACAACCCGUUUUUCAGAAGCAAACGUUCCUACAGCCUGUCUGAACUGUCCAUCCUUCAGGCUCAGACAGACACUCCUCAAGCCUCCAACGGAUUCUUCAGAGGUCUUAAAGCACCAGCACCUGAGCAGUUCCAGAGCAGGGAGGACUUCCGCACAGCGUGGCUCACCCAUCGCAAGCUGGCCAGGUCCUGCCAUGACCUGGAUUCACUGGGUCAGAGCCCGGGCUGGGGGCAAACUCAACCUGUGGAAACCAACAUUGUCUGUCGUUUGGACAGCUCAGGAGGUGCUGUGCAGCUUCCGGAUACCAACAUUAGCAUUCUUGUACCUGAGGGCCAUGUGGCGCCAGGAGACACGCAACAAAUCUCCAUCAAAGCUCUGCUUGACCCACCGCUAGAGCUCAACAGUGACCGCUGCACCACGGUCAGCCCUGUCGUGGAGAUCAAACUCAGCAACAUGGAAACCAAAACCACCAUCACCCUGGAGAUGAAAGUGUCCGUCGUUGUGAAAAUGGAGAGCAGACAGACAACGGAAGUAUUAUGUGUGAGGAGUGAUUGUAAAGAGGGGCCAUAUACCCCCAUCCCUCAGGCGUACUUGUACGGGGACACAGUUCAGGUUGGCUUGGAUAACCUUGAGCCAUGCAUGUAUGUAUGUGUCGUUGCCCAGGCCCAUUCUUUACUUCCCGAAUCCACAGUUUGGGAGCAUGUGGUUAAAAAGAUCACCUUAGGAGUUUACGGUCCAAAACACAUCCACCCAUCCUUCAAAACUGUGGUGGCCAUGUUCGGCCAUGAAUGUACUCCAAAGACCCUGUUGGUGAGCGAGGUGGGUAAACAGGCACAGUCUGCACCGCCAGUUGCUCUGCAGCUUUGGGGUAAGCACCAGUUUGUCUUGUCAAAACCUCAAGACCUCCAUGUUGGGGUUUACUCCAACAUGGCUAACUACGAGGUAAAAGCCAGUGAGCAGGCAAGAGCCGUCCGGGGCUUCCAGGUUAAAUUAGGCAAAGUGAGCAGGCUGGUCUAUAUGAUUUCCACACGGAAUGCCGAAGACGUUUCAGAUUUCACCCUAAGAAUCCAGGUCAAAGAUGACCAAGAUUGUAUCCUGGCUCAGUUUUGUGUCCAGACACCAACACCGCCACCCAAAGCAGGCCCAAAGACAUCGGUGCAGCGGCGAUUCUUGAAGAAGAAGGAAGUAGGGAAAAUCGUUUUGUCUCCUCUUGCCGUUGCGACCAAGUACCCUGUUUUCCAGGACAGGAAGGUCAAUAACCUGAAGUUUGGGAAAUUUAUCAAAACCGUAAUCAGGCAUACAAAAAACCAGUACUUGCUCGAGUACUUAAAAGGAGACUUUGUAGCUCUCCUGAGCGAGGAGAAGAUCAAGCUGAAGGGCCAGUUGUGGACAAAAGAGUGGUACAUUGGGUAUUAUCAGGGUAAAAUAGGGCUUGUUCAUGCUAAGAAUAUUCUGGUGGUUGGCAAAGUGAAGCCCAUUUACUUCAGCGGGCCUGACCUCACAACCUCAUUGUUGCUGGAGCAAAUACUGAAGCCUUGCAAGUUCCUCACAUACAUCUACGCCUCUGUAAGAACAAUACUGAUGGAGAAUAUCGGCAACUGGCGAGUGUUUGCAGAUGCUCUCGGAUACCUCAACCUGCCCCUGACGCAUUUCUGCCGCACAGAGCUGGACAGCGAGCCAGAGAGGGUGGCGUCGGUCCUGGAGAGGCUAAAGGAAGACUGCAACAAUGCGGAGAGCAAAGAGAGGAAGUCCUUCCAGAAAGAACUCCUGACUGCUCUGCUGAAGAUGGACUGUCAGGGUCUCGUGGCCAGACUUGUCAUGGACUUCGUCCUCCUGACCACCGCCGUCGAGGUGGCCGGACGCUGGAGGGAGCUGGCCGAGAGGCUGGCCAAGGUCUCCCGGCAGCAGAUGGACGCUUACGAGGCGCCGCACCGCGACAAGAACGGCGUGGUGGACAGCGAGGCCAUGUGGAAGCCGGCGUACGACUUCCUGGUCACGUGGGCCGCUCAGAUCGGCGACAGCUACAGGGACGUGAUCCAGGAGCUUCACAUGGGCCUGGACAAGAUGAAGAGUCCCAUCACCAAACGCUGGAAGCACCUGACCGGCACCCUGAUCCUGGUCAACUCCCUGGACAUCCUGCGGAGCUCCGCCUUCAGCCCCGCCGCUCAGGAUGACUACGCCAUCUGAACUCUUUAUAACCUUCAUAUGCCCGAUGAGUCCCCGCUUCAGCUCACUCCUCUGGAGCCUCGUUUCCUAACCUGGUUUAAAAUGCUGCCCAUCAGCUGACUGCCCCUGAAUGCCAGUACAGCUGGUGCAUGUUCUGUUCAACGUUGCCCGGCGGAACCCAAAACAAGACACGGAGCUCACAUGAACUACACAGACUACCAUGUUGUAUAUUUAAGUAUUUUUCUACUCUAGUUAUGGCACAGCCUUUUUUGUAAAGCAACACUUUGGUUAAGAACUGUGGAUCAAACUGCAGAAACACUUUUUCAGACUACAGAAACACUUUUUUUAGAUGCUUGUUGCAGUAGUUUCGUCACAUGUACAUGAAACAAUGGUCAGAUUGUUGUUCCUUUUGGUCCUUCUUAUUUCAGAGAGCCGAAUAAUUCAACACCAUUUUGUCCCGUUUUGAUUCAAAACUGAAAGACGUUAAAUCAUGCUUCAUAAUUUAUUCAUUAGUCAUUUGCUGCAAGGUUUGACCCUGUUUAAGGACUUUUCUCAAGGUUAUGGAGUGGGUUUGUUUUUAGUUCUUUUGAACUAAUUGGCCAAGAAAAGGUGUUCUGAAAUUAUUUUGAACACUUUUUACAGUUUUCUGUCUACAUUUUCAGUUCCACUGAGAUCGGCAUUACCAGCGUCCAUUAAAACAUCUCAGUUUAAUGACUUCUCUUUGUACGGAGGAGUUUGUAUGGUGGCUGAGAAAGCUCAUUUUUGGCUACUUCAAAAUGAACUAAUAUUGCCUUUAAAAAUGAUUUCCUCUCUUACAGAUUUCUAAAGUUUUGGUGUUUGGUUAAACGUCUCUCAGUGAGGUAAAUGGACUGAUUUUGUUUGCUAUGAGCCAUCCAGACUUGUUCCUGUCAGUGUGUGCAGAAUCCUAACUGAUGGCCGAGAAUGUUUUCCAUCAAUGACGAAAAAUCAGCCAGGUCGCUCCAAACCAUCACACUACCCCCAAAAUGUUAAACUGUCUUCAUGAUGUUUGACUUGUGCAAUUUUGUUUUUGCUUUACGUCAGGUGUAAAAAGGAUGCACGCCUCACAAAAAGUUGUUUUCUACUUUUGCACAUGCGACAACUGCCAUUGCUUCCACUUUUGUACCAUCAAUACACACAACAUGUUACCAAAAGUCUUUGGUAUUGGUUGUUGACAAAUGUGAGUGUUGCCUUUGUGUUCUCUCUGGUCAGAAGCAUUGGAACGGUCACAUGGACACAGUUGGAUAAAAAAUUAAAUUGUAAAACUCAGACCUUUCCUGAGGCAUGUGAGGUUUGCAGUGCUUUAGAUGGUCAUUGUUCUUUUAUGACCUCCUGGAUGAGUUGUCGAUGUGCUCUUGGAGUAAUUUUUAUUCAGCUGCCCACUCACUGUGGUUGACUGGAGACCCCCAGAUUUACCAAAGGGUUUGUAACCGUUUCCAGACAGAGAUAUGUCAAUGACUGUUUAUUUUUGCUUUGCAAAUAUUUUUUAGCCCACUUCAUGUUGUGCAACAGGUUCUAUUCACGUGGUUUUCUGAUUGUUCACUUCAGCAAGUCAUCAGGUCUAAAUGGCGCUUGUGAAAUUAACAAAAAUGUCAUGGUUUAUCAAGGGAGGUGAUGACAUUUUCACAUAUGGAGAGAUUGGUUUGGAGAGCUCAUUUUAUGAAGUAAAUCAUUAUUUAAAAAAACUGAAUUUUGUAUUUAUCUUUGUAAAAUAUAAACAUUUCUCAGAGGAUCCACAAUUGUGACAGAAAAGCAGAGAACAGAAGAAAUCUGUGAGUGAGGUGUUUGCUUGACACUCAAUUCUGACUUGUAAUUCUUGUUGCUCUGUAAAACACUCAAACUAGAGUGCUUAAUCAAUUAACAAAGAUUAACUACUUAAUUGCAAAUUAAUCGCAAUUAAUCACAUUUGAAGUCAGCUUAUAAUAAAGAAUUUAAGUCAUCAAUUCAACAAAAAUUACUCUUUUUUUUUUUUUUUUUACCUUUGACCUACUUUAAAAAAACUGAAAUAAAAACAUUAAAGGGGCUGUGCUUGAUGUGACCAAUAAUUUUUCGACAUUUGGUUAAAAGGGCAUCAUUGCACUGUUACCCAGUUACAGUGGUUGCUCUCUGUAGAGCGUGUGCAGUGCAAGGCAGAUCAUUUUUCAUCGAUAGCACGACUGAGCAAACAGAAGUGUACACAGCAAUGCAGAGCGGCCACUUUUGAAAUGAAUCAUUGCGUUAAUUUUAACGCAUCAAAAUAAAGAAAAAAAUAAUGCAAAUAGCUAAUGCGUUAAUUUUAGCAGCCGCGAUUAAAAUCAAACUGAACUAUACCAAAUAUUUUCAAUUUGAAUUAAAUAUGGAGAAAAUGCCAUGUGCCAGAUUAUACUGCUGCAAUGCUAAAGAAGUUUUUUUUCUUUUCUUUUUUUAACUAAAGAUGCUGUCUAAUCACUGCUCUGCACAUUGUGUGUAGUAUUGUCCAUAAUCUUUGUGUAACAUUCUUUGGACAUGCAGUCCCAACCUUCCUUAUCAGUUUUAGUUUCUUUGAGUCAUUGCGUCUGCAGCCCUGACAGAUGGCUGCAAACAGUUGCUUUGCCACAGACCGCUGUCCACUCUGACAAUUUUUGAAACUAACAGGUUUCCUGCAUUUGCACUUCUUAUUUACAAGCAGACACAAUUUCUGAUGAAAAAUAGACUUUCAGAAACAUGGACAUGGGUACAUGAAGAGAUGACACCUUACCCUGCUGGACAAGAAAGUGAGAGGAGAUAAACAACGUGAUAAACAACAGCGUGUUUUAGGAUCAUAGACAUUAUAUAGGUAGAUAAUCUGGAGCUGAUGGUUCAGUGCGGCCGCCAUCUUGGAUGGGUCUCUCCCGUGCUCCCAUUGCACUGAGGAAGCUGUUUACCCAAAUAAAAUAAAUCAUAACUCCCUGAAUUUUUACCAGAUUUUCACACGGUUUGGUUUUUACAAACGGCAGAGACGUGGUUAUGAUACGGGACGCUGUCACACAUGGAAAGACACGUUUUCAUGCUGAAAUACAUUGUUUAAAUAACAUAUUUCAUAUAUGUAUGGUCUUUAACAAACAGACAUAUGGCAUAGUACUGUAUAAAUAUAUGAAUUCAUACUGAAAUACUUUGUUUAUGGCUAUUUAACAAAGAGAUAUGUGGUAUUACAAAUUAAUAAUUGUAUAAAUUAAUACAUUUUAUAUUUUAAUAAAGAAGCAACUUGGAUUGUUCAUUUAAAUUUAUUUCACU